AUGGCCGCGGUGCAGGCGUCCCGCCGGCAGUGGUGCUACUUGUGCGACCUGCCCAAGAUGCCGUGGGCCAUGAUCUGGGAUUUCAGCGAGGCCGUGUGCCGGGGCUGCGUGAACUUCGAAGGGGCCGAUCGCAUCGAGUUCCUCAUCGAGACGGCGCGGCAGCUGAAGCGCAGCCACGCCAUGCAGGACGCCCGCUCGCCGGGGCCCCAGGCCGUCAAGCAUGCCAAGGACGGAGGGUCCCUGGACCGGGCCGGGCUGGAGCGCUACGAGCGGGCCCGGGGGCCUGGCGACUACACCCUCAGCCCCCGGUUGCCCAACGGCCUGCCCCGGGCGGAGGACGGGGGACCCGAAGGCAGCCGGCAGAGCCCCACCGCCCGGCGGGCACUGAUGGGCCCUGUGCCACCCAGCCUGGGACUGAUGGGGGCGCCGCAGGGCUUGCUGGCUGCCGUGUCGGGGCUGGGGCCCCGGGGGCCCGGCCUGGGCUUGGCGGCUGCCUCGCCCCUCCUGGGGGAGCUGGGCAAGGCGCGGGGCCCCUACGGCGGCGAGUACGAGAAGGAGAAGCAGCGCAACGCGGAGUGCCUGGCCGAGUUGAGCGAGGCCUUGCGGGGCCGGGCGGAGGAGUGGCACGGCAAGCCCAAGGCGGUGCGGGAGCAGCUGCUGGCCCUCUCAGCCUGCGCCCCCUUCAACGUGCGCUUCAAGAAGGACCAUGCGCUGGUGGGGCGCAUCUUCGCCUUCGACGCCGCCCCCCGGCCCGGCUACGAGUUCGAGCUGAAGCUCUUUGUCGAGUACCCGUGUGGCUCGGGCAGCGUCUACGCCGGCGUCCUCGCCUUGGCCAAGCAGAUGUUCCACGACUGCCUCAAGGACCCCGGCAAGGUGAUCUCCUCUGGCUACAAGUACCUGGAGUACGAGAAGCGGCACGGCACCGGGGACUGGCGCCUGCUGGGGGAGCUCUUCACCGAGGGGGUCCGGUUCUUCCGGGACCCCCCGGCCCCCGAGGCCCUGCCCCAGCAGUUCCUAGACAGCAGCUGCGCCAUGCUGCCCAGCGCCCUGGUGCGGGCCAUGCCACCCCGGGCCGUCAUGCGGCGCCGCAAGGCCUCCCCGGAGCCGGAGGGUGAGGGGGGUGCGGCGGGCAAGCUGACGGGCGAGGAGCAGCAACAGAGGCAGACCUGGCUUCCCCAAGGGUCGGCCGGGAUCUACUCACCGGGCGACCCCUCGCCCAUCACCGCGCUGAAGAACGUCGCCGACGCCCUGGGGGCCGGGCAGUCGCCCAAGGACGCCAACCCCGUCCACUCCACCACGGCCCGGCAAAACAGCGCCAGCCCUGCCUCGCCCGCCGCCUCGGCCCAGCACCGGCUCGUCCCGCGCAACAGCGAGCCCGGGCAGGCAUCUUCCUCGUCGUCCUCUUCCUCCGGGGCCCACUCGGCAGGCGGCACCGACUCAGCCGGCGCCCAGAGCACCCCCGACUCCUCGGGCGGCCCCAGCAGUGCCCCCCUGUGCUGCACCAUCUGUCACGAGCGGCUGGAAGACACCCACUUUGUGCAGUGCCCGUCGGUGCCCAGCCACAAGUUCUGCUUCCCUUGCUCCCGCGAUUUCAUCAAAGCCCAGGGGGCGGCCGGCGAGGUCUAUUGCCCCAGCGGGGAGAAGUGCCCCCUGGCCGGCUCCAACGUGCCCUGGGCCUUUAUGCAGGGAGAAAUCGCCACCAUCUUGGCCGGAGACGUCAGAGUCAAAAAGGAGCGGGAUCCGUGAACCGAGAGGGGGAUCGUGGGGGUGUCCUGUCACCCCCCCUGCCUGUAAUCUGGGGGGUCCCCCCUGCCUGUGAUCUGGGGGUCCCCCGGCAGCAAGAGGCCUCCGGAGUAACUGGCGCUACAAUUAACUUAUUGCC